UGUAUCUCUUGGCGGUUCUUGUCGUUUCUCGGCACACCCUCUUGACUUCCUAUUCAUUUCCCUAUCUUCCUGGUUAUUGGACCGCAUAUCCUUCUUGAUUCUCAAAAUGGUUCAAUUCUUGAAAGCCUUGGGGCUGGUCCUCAGCUCUUUAGCCCUUGUGACUGCUGUUCCUACCCCUACCGCUGCACCAGAUGUCAGAAACGCUGCUGGACUUCAGAAGCGUACAUCUUGUACUUUCACCGAUGCAGCGGCAGCCAUCCAGAACAAGAAAUCAUGUGCCACUAUUGUCCUCAACAAUAUUGCUGUCCCUUCUGGCACUACGCUUGACCUCACCAAACUCACCACUGGCACUCAUGUAAGUAUAACCUUUUGGGUGGACAAAAACUUGGUAUAAUUUUCUUGGAAAGCUCGCUUAAUCGUUUCGUUUAUUGAACCUGAUACAAACACCUUCAAAUUGCUCAGCGAAGUGGAAGUAUUGAGACUAUUUACUUCCACUUCUCUUGGGCAUUAGGAGAACCCCCUACAAAAAAUCCCUAGGCUUAGCGUGCUAACACAUGAAAAGGUUAUCUUCGAAGGAAAAACCACUUUCGGCUACGAAGAGUGGUCCGGCCCUCUCGUCUCAGUCUCAGGACAAGACAUCGUUGUCACAGGAGCCAGCGGCAACUGUCUCGAUGGCGAUGGUAAGCGAUGGUGGGAUAAAGAGGGCACCAACGGUGGCAAGACCAAACCGAAGUUCUUCUACGCUCACAGUUUGACGGGAGCUUCCUUCAUCACGGGAUUGAAUGUUCUCAACUCCCCCGUUCAGGUUUUCUCGGUUAAUGGUGCCAAGGGCCUCACCAUCUCUGACGUUACCAUUGACAAUUCCGCUGGAGAUGAGGGUGAGCUUGGACAUAAUACUGAUGCUUUCGAUGUGGGAUCAUCGGAUUCCAUCACUAUUUCUGGGGCAUAUGUCAAGAACCAAGAUGAUUGUUUGGUAAGUUUGGAUUAUCUUCUCUGGUUGCGUCAAUCAAACAGGCUGACACGUUUUCAGGCUAUAAACUCUGGUACAAACAUCAUUUUCACCAAUGGAUCAUGCUUUGGUGGACAUGGUCUAUCCAUCGGCAGUGUUGGGGGACGAGAUGAUAAUACCGUUGAUACCGUAACCAUCAGCAGCUCCACAAUCUCAAACUCAGACAACGGAGUCCGAAUUAAGACCGUUUCUGGAGCUACCGGUGCCGUCAAAGGUGUUACUUACAAGGACAUCAAACUGAACAAUAUCGCCAAGUACGGUAUUGUAAGUUCAAAACCAACACCCCCUUCUAUUCCAAUGCUGACACUUUUCUCUAGGUCAUUCAACAAGAUUACGAGAAUGGUAGCCCAACUGGAAUUCCUACCAUCGGCGUCCCAAUCACCGAUCUUACCAUCAGCAACGUCGCUGGUACGGUUGCCUCAGGAGGGAUAGACGUCUACAUACUGUGUGGAAUCGGGUCUUGCAGCAACUGGACAUGGAGCGGUAUCUCAAUUACUGGAGGACAGAAGAGCAGCGUAUGCACUAACAUUCCAUCCGGUGCCAUUUGCUAAAUUAGCGAGGCCUUGAAGGGGAUGGGAUAGAUUCUCAACUUCUUUCGAUUAAUUUCUUUGUAUAUAUUUUCCUUAAGCAUACAUGUAUAUUCCUGGAGAAGAAUGAAGCUUUGUACAUACUUACUACCUGUCAUUUAUACUUCUUGCUCGUCC